AUGACUGGAUCCGCGAACCACACGAAUGGCGUGCACGAAGAGGUGGAGAAACCACUACACAUCCUCAUAGUAGGCGCAGGGAUUGGUGGACUGACGGCUGCCCUAGCUUUGCGCCAGCAAGGACACAUCGUCGAGCUCUUCGAGAGCUCAAGACUGGCCCAAGAGACUGGUGCAGCCAUUCAUCUGGCCACCAAUGCGAAUGGCCUGCUACGGCGAAUGGGCCUUUAUGCUGAAAAGAUUGGUGCAGUGGAGUGCACUGGUGUCAUAGAAUAUCUGCCUCACAAUGGCGCGUUGAAGUAUGAGGUCGACACAUCCAAGAUGCCAAAGAUCUGGGCCCACCCGUGGCAUCUCGCUCAUCGAGCACAUCUACACACAGCCUUAAAAGACAUGGCAACAGGUGCUGAGGGCAAAGGCACACCCGCGAAGCUACACACUUCAAGCAGAAUCAAGAUUGUCGACCCAGAAGCUGCAACGAUCACUCUGGAGGACGGCAAACAGCACGCUGGUGAUCUAGUGGUCGGUGCCGAUGGUGUACAUUCACGUACAAGAGCAAGCAUCCCUGGAGGCGACCUGAAGCCUUUUGACUCUGGAAAGUCAGCAUAUCGGUUCAUGAUCCCAAGAGACGAGCUGACUUCAGAUCCGGACACUGCCGCUUUUGUGGCCAAAGAUAGCUUCCUCACAAUGUGGAUUGGUACUGAUCGUCGCCUCAUCAUGUACCCAUGCGUGAACAGCACUCUCAUGAACUUCGUGGCCAUACAUCCCAGCAAGGAGUCAGACUCUGAUAUUAACACGGACGACUGGCAAGAGACCGGUAGCAAAGCCAAGAUGCUUGAGAUCUACCAAAGCUUUAGCCCGAAUAUCGUCAAAAUCCUACAACACGCAGAUGAGUCCCAGGUCAAAGUCUGGAAGCUGCUGGAUAUGGACAAGAUGCCAACCUUCAUCAACAAGAAUUUAGCAGUCAUGGGUGACGCGGCACAUCCUUUCCUACCCCAUCAAGGACAAGGGGGUGGACAAGCCAUCGAAGAUGCUGUCUCUCUCGCAGCACUCUUACCCUUGGGAACUACGAAGGCCGAUGUCGCUGAUAGACUCAAGAUCUACGAGCAAUGUCGUUACCAGCGAGCGCACAAGAUUCAAGAUUUCACACGGACGGCUGGCAUGGACGAAGCGGAGCUGACGGCCAAGGGCAUGAAGCUCGACAUGAUGAGUUAUCAAUUCUAUAAUUUUACAAUGGAUGCGUGGGACUUCACGAAGAAGGCAUUGCAAAAACAUCUGCAGAGUCAAGACAACAGUCUACGCUACCGCAAUCCUUUCGGCUUUGGUGCAACACCCGGUCCACGACAGCCUCUGGGCUUCAAGCCAGACAGUCUCAAAGUCCAGUCGUUGCGACAGAAGACAUCAGAGACCUCCAAGACAUACUCAAUAAAGUUCAAGACCUCGAGAACAUAUCUCGAGAGUCUUCUACCGCCGGGUUUCGCAUUCACAAGCCCCGGUACCAUAGUCCGAGCAAGCAUCAGUUGCACGACUCUCGACGGCAUGACCUGGCUUGGAGGUGGUGGGUACAGUUACUUUGCCUUGAAUAUCCAUGGCAUCAACUACACCAAGCAGGACGGAUCUAAAGUCUUUGGCUCAUAUAUGCCAGUUCUGUUCGAGAACCUUGCGGACCCGAUCAUUACAGGCAGGGACGAACUCGGUAUGCCAAAGCUAUUUGCAGAUAUCGAUGUUCAGGAGGGAGCUGGCAAUGGCUGCAAGGUUACUAUCAGCUGGAGGGGAGCCCAAUUCGGCAGCUUCGAGAUGUCCGACCUUGCGCAGGAAGAACCAAAGGCUGACACAGGAGCUCCACCUCCACAACGAGGGCCUGGCCCACCACCUCCUCCGCCAGAGACUGGUUCGUUCGUCUAUCGCUACGUCCCGGCCGUUGGCCAGCCUGGAAAGGUGGAUGCCGAGUACGCGGUAUAUGUGCCCAACGGCAAGCCCACCGCUGGCUCUGCUGCACCCCAACAAUCUGUCACUAAGUCCGCGAGCUUCUCGUUCGAAGCAAGGGAUUGGCAAAAGCUUCCGACGCUUCACAAUGUCGCGGCAUGGCUCGCCGAUAUGCCAAUGUAUGGCAUCGAGGAGGGGAGAUCUACCAAAAUGGAGGGUGUCACAGAUCUCAGCGGUGCAGUCAAGUUAGAAUAG